AUGCAAUCCAGAUUUAUGAUUUCCUCAGUACUGUUGGUUUUGGCCUUGGCUCUUCAGUCACAGGCCAUUUCCUGGUCUCAUUCCCAUAACAAUGCAGUGCUUGAUACCGAUGGCAAUGAACUCCAAGCUGGGCAGGCAUACUACCUUGUCUCAGCUGCCCGAGCAGGCAAUGGAGGUGGUGUGGCACUUGACAGAAGACAGAGCUCUCAAUCUUCCAUGGUGAAGCAGCAUUCUUCGAACACCAACUUUGGUUCACCUGUGUCUUUCUCCCCAGCAUCAAAUUCACAUGAUGAUAUGAUUAUCCAGAGAGGUUCAACCUUCGAGUCUGCAAUAAAGAAGAUGUUCUUUGGAAACACCCCAUCACCUUCUCAUGAGAGAACCAUCAACGAGGCAACUGAUGUAAACAUUAGAUUCUCAGAGAUGCCUGUGGUAUGGCAAGUUCAAGAAUCACAUAACUCGCCAUCGUCGAAGAGUCAGAUGAGGUAUGUAACAAUCGGAGGCCAACCAGGCCACCCUGGCUCUUCAACAGUGAGAAACUGGUUCAAGAUCAAGCAGAUCAGCAGGUCCAACUCCAGCCCUGAGUACAUUAUUGCAUAUUGCCCAAGCGUGUGCGAGUCAUGUCAUGUUGAAUGUGGUAAUAUCGGUAUCAUGGAAGAGAAUGGGAAGAGAUGGCUGACUCUGUCUCAGAACACAGAGUUUCCUUUCAUGUUUGUAAAGGCAAUUCGUAGUUAA